UUCAAUGUUGAUCUUGUUACGUAAUAAGAUUGUAUCUUUAAAAUUUUGCCCUAACACUUGAGAGACUUCUUAUAGAACAAAUUGAAAGCGUUGCGAUGCCCAGAUGGGUCUAGUUCACAUCCCAUAUCAGAGGGUGUGAUUUUCAGUCAAGCUAUAGGACCUGAGCGACCCGGGCGUACUCGAGGGCUAGGCUUAGGAGCAACGAAGAGUAAGCUGGUUGGUGCGAAGAAUAAUGAUCAAGCACCGUCCCAAUCCUCCACCGAACGUGAUCGAGAGUUUAUGAAGAUGAAAUCCAAAGUGCAAAAGAUGAAAAGGUUCUUAGAAGCUAUGGGUUACACAGAUGACGAUUCAGAUGAGUUCAAUGAUUCACCCAACGAGAAUCAUCCGGAUGCCUCUAGCGCGCACCGCGAAAUGACAGUUGGCAAUAACCAAGUAAGUCUAGAAGAGAUAAAUCUGGCACACUGGUCGCAGCUAGAACCAACUCCAUUUCCACGACCGAAUCAACAGGCUGAUUCUCAUCAUCAGUGCGAGCCGGGAUCUACGGUUGCUGCUAACCUUGCCAUGUGGAAGCAAGCUGAGGCAAGUCGAGAUGCUCACAAGACUACAAAAGUCACAAACAAGAAGAGAAGAACAUCGUAAAAUGGUUCAAAUUGAGUUUCUUUGGGGCAUCUUUGUGUCAGUUUUUGCUGCUUUCGCUGUGAGUUGCUGCUUCCACUUUCUUGCACUCUAUCUCCCCAUCAUAUUUGUGCUUGGACUGGUAUACUACUACUAUAAGUAGCCUUAGCAAGAAUUUAAUGAGCAGUAUUGGCGCAUAGUUUUUGUGAAUCUGAUUGUGGUUGUUCGUUGCACUCUGUUUGUGACUGGUUUUUGCACUUUGUUUGUGACUGAUUUUGUGAAGAUGCACUCUAUUUUGUGACUGGUUUUUGCUCUUUGAACUUGUGAAAAUGCAGCUCUUUGAGCUUAGGAAUUGCAGGUCUCCAAGGGAAUAAAUGGACCAAUAGAUUAGAUGGAUCAAUGGAAUAGAUGGAUUAGAUCACACACACCCAACAUACACACACACACGGACCAAUAGAAUAGAUGGACCAGAUCGCAACUUUCCUGAUCCCCUCGAGGCAUCUCUUAAAAUCCUCCACAGAUCCUUAAUGUUAUACUUUCCUUUGAUUUAAGUGCCAUUCUUGAUCGCAUGGAGCUACAUGAGCUGUUUCCAAAAUUGCAGUAACUUGAACAUUAAGAAAUGAAAUCCAUAAGCCGGGUUGAUCCCAUGGAUAACAAUGAGUUUUUCUUAAUUGCAGUUAAAUUGAAUACUAUUAAGAACCGGACUCGAAGAGCUUUCACUAGCUACAACAAGCAACUUGCUAAAUAGGAAUUGAAUCCGUAGAAACCCCUAUCACAAUGCAUUGAGCAAGUCAUUCUAGUAGUCAACUUACAUAGUGAAUUCUGUAUACAAGGAAGAUACAAUGUGUACAAAUCAAUACAAGAAAGGAAGGAAUAAAAUCAGGAGAGAAAUAAGUGGUCAUUUGAUUUUGUUUGGCCUAUACUUAGGGGUUGUCCCUUGGAGUGUUGUGCUUUUCUAGGGGGCUAUCCCUAGCUUUCUUUUGCUUUGUUUAGCUGCUGCUGUUGUCCAGUUUUGGCUGUCCCUUCAGCUAUUUGCUAGGUUGCUGCUGCUGUCCAGUUAUCUGUUAUGUUGCUACUAUGCUACUUCAGUGAUCAUGCUGUGUUUUGGCUGCCCAUUGGCUGCCCUAUUGCUUGAUCCAGCUCCAGAUUGGACCUGUAUCUUCUAGAUCAUGUGGAUGGGGUUGAAUCCACAUGAGUGUAUCCAGCUGCUGCUGUCAUUCCUGUUUUGUUCUGCUAUGUUUUGGAUAUUAGUACUGCUGUCCUGGUAGGCUGGUCUGUUAUGUACAGUCCAGUAAUUGAGGGGUUCCGCUACUUAUCAGAAUUUGAAAUGUUAUGCUGCAAUUGAAGUGUGCUGCUGCUGCAAUUACUUGUCUAUCAUGCCUGUUUGUUUUCUGCAAAUGAGUUUAACUGCUGAUUUGUAGAAUGUUGAGGCUGCUGCUGACCUGUUUUGCUGCAGUUGUGUUGGAGUCAAAGCUAGCUAUUUUUUGUGUUUUGAUGAAAUGCAAGUUCAGACAGAUUUAUUAAUGUGCGUAGUGAACGAUUUGGGAUUAGUAUUAAGAUAAGCGGAUUACUUUAGCAUGCAGUUUUUCACUCCUUUUUCUCUUUUCUUGAUGAAUAUAUACAUACAUUUUCAUCUCCAUAAAAAGAAACCUUAUUAGUAUUUCUUACUCCAAAGCAUGACGUACGCCCUCUUGAAACUGCUGAACCGUGUAUCCCCUGUAUCACCGGAUAAUAUAUCAUACACUUGUUGGUUCAGUAUGAUAGGAAUCAAUCGGUGCCUAGUUUGAGGGAUGUUUACAUAAAAAUAUGAUAGUUCCUUGUGUGUUUUUUUUUUUUUGUGGGUUUCUUAGUUAUGUUACUUGUUACAUGACCUAUGUAAUUUCAAGUGAUUUUACUUUCCAACUUCCAUAGAUAAUUGAUCAUGCUUUAUGUUACUUGAUUUUUGUGGCUCUUAGAACUCAUUGUGUCAUUGAGUGCUUAUGUUACUUGUUAUGCUUCUCGAUUGCUGAACUUCUUGGUUUGGCUUGUAUGUGGUUUCUUUUAAGUGUCAUCAAGCUCUGUCCUUGUUUUUGGCUACUAGUGGUGAGUUUUUCAAUAUGUUUGAAACUGUGUUCAUGACGGAGCUCAUGCUUUGCAGUUUGUGAUUGUCUCUUUGUUUGGCUAGUGUUUGCUCUUCUUUGGGGGGUAUAAGUUCUUCACUGGAGGCAAGAAAAACAAGGAAGAGGUAGUGUUCUGUAAUCUUGAAAUCUUAAGUAUCAGAUGUUACCUGUUUAUUCAAGUCUGUUUAGGGAUUAUUUGUUUUUCAACAUUGUAUGUUCAUAUGGAUAAGGCAUUCUUUCGUUUUUCUGCACUGUUGCUCUUUUUAGUUCUCCUUUAUGAAGUGUUGUUUCCAUAAAGAUUGGGCCGGCCAUGAAAGUACCUCAAGU